UCGGCUCCGCUCGGCGCCGCUCGGCUCCCCCCGGCUCCCCCCGGCAUGGCAGCGGGGGGCGAGGGCCCGUGCGCGUUCUGGCGGCGGGCGUCGGGCCCCGAGGAGCGGCGCCUGCUGGAGCUGCUGGCCUACGGGCUGGUGGCGCUGGGCGCCGCCUCCGCGCUGCUGCUGCGCUUCGUGCCCAUGCCCUACGGCCGGUACUCGUCGCCGCGCUUCGGCUGCCCGCUGCCCGCGCGGCCCGCCUGGGCGCUGCAGGAGCUGCCCGCGCUGCUCGUCCCGCUCGGCGUGGCCGCCUGCGGGGCUGCCGCCAGCCGCUGGCCCAACCGCGUCCUGCUCGGCUGCUUCGUGGUGCACUACGUGCACAGGGCACUCAUAUUUCCUUUCCUGAUCCGGCAAGGAAAGCCAACACCAUUUUUCACCUUCCUGCUCGCACUUCUGUUCUGCAUUUACAAUGGAUACUUACAAGGCCGAAGCUUAAGCAACUAUGCAGAAUACCCUUCAGGCUGGUUAAAAGAUCCUUGUUUCAUUACAGGUUUUAUAGGGUGGCUGGCUGGCAUGGCAAUCAAUAUUCAUUCUGAUCAUAUUCUUAGAAAUCUGAGAAAACCAGGGGAAACUGGUUACAAGAUACCAAGAGGAGGAAUGUUUGAGUAUGUCAGUGGAGCCAACUUUUUUGGAGAGAUCCUGGAAUGGUUUGGGUUUGCCCUUGCCUGCUGCACCAUCGAAAGCCUUGCAUUUGCAUUGUGUACACUUUUUAUCUUGGGCUCUAGGGCAAAGCAACACCACCAGUGGUACCUUGAGAAAUUUGAAGACUACCCAAAGGAUAGAAAAAUUCUGAUUCCAUUUGUGUAUUAA